AUGGCCUUUGUAGCUGAUGCGCCAAUAAAACCUGAAUCAAAUCAAACCACUGCACACACUGUCAUUCUCCAGGAAUUCCUGGAGAUUCACCAUAACUUCGGGGACCACCACGCUAUCUACACUGAUGGGACCAAAGUAAGCAAUGGUGUGGCGGCCGUUGACCUUGACGGUGAUUCAAUUAUGAUGGCACGCUUGAACACGAACGCCACAGUUUUCACCGCAGAGCUUUACGCGAUUCUCCUGGCUCUGCGGCACAUUCAACAGAAUGACCUUCAAAACUCAGUUAUUUACUCCGAUUCGCUAAGCUCUGUGCGUGCGCUGCUUUCGUGCUUUGACAGCAAGAAUCACCUCGUCAAGCGAGUACGGGUGCUUCUGACCCAACUUUGUUCCCGAGGCCUUUCGAUCUGUCUCUGCUGGGUCCCCAGCCACACUGGGAUCCCGGGAAAUGAACGAGCUGACCGUGAGGCUCGGCGAGCGUUGGCACAAGAGGAGUCAACUCUAGGACUACCCUCCCAAGACAUCUUGUCAGUAUUAAAGAGAGCUGUCUACACACAGUGGCAGCAGGAGUGGGACAUGGAAGAAAAUAACAAGCUACGCGUCACACAGCCACACAUCUUCCCCGAGCAUCGGACUGAACACAUCAACAGAUUCUCCGAAGUUCUGUACGCGAGAUUGAGGAUUGGGCACACAUGGCUCACGCAUCACAACCUACUCAGAGGCCAGGAUCCGCUGUUUGCGUGCACUGCGGUGACAGCUUGA